CACAAGAAAAAUAACUUGAUUUUUGUAUAUUUACGGUCACAUUUGGCAGAGAAAUAUUUUAUGAAUGACAUUGCAGAUAUUUUUAACUGAGUUGUAAUUUCAUCCAGAAAUAACGACACUUAAAAUCCUGACGAUUGACCACAUACACCAUGCAGUGUCGGUAUUUCAACUCUUAUAGGUGCAUCCCACGUGUGCUGUGUGUCCAUCUGACAUGUCUAUAAAUUUUACAGUUUUUCUGCCGUGACAUGUAGUUCAUUAGUAUGAAAAGAUGGAUGAUGCACAACAGAAGAUGUCUGAACGAAUCAUGUUUGGACUGACUUUGUUGAAUACCCUUUAUAUUAAAGAAAAAUCAUGUGUCUGCUACAUAUGAUCAUAAACAUGAUAACUUAAAAAAUUCAAAAAAACAAUAUUGAAUGUGUAAGAACAUUUUGGUUCCUCUUGUGUUUGAUCCUUUCAUACGUAAAAUCUUUUUAAAUAUCUGUUUAAAUAUCUGUAAAGGAAUUCACCAGGUAAAUCACUUCAUUACAGGUGUUCAUUUCGCUUCAUGGUGGGCGUGGUUUUCCCACAAUCUUAAAACAUAUUGUCGCGUGCCAUGUAUAAUUAAGAUGAAUACAUCUACAAAUCUGAGACAUGGUGAUGAAUAGGCCAAUGAAAUGAGGGUAACAUUUUCACGUUACCAUUUUUCGACGUUUGAGUGACAUUUAUAAGAAAACUUACUUUCAAAUGAAUUCAACAAAUCUCCUUUAUUUAGUUAAAUAAGUUUUUGAAACGAAAUGGAGUAAUAUAUUUGUCACUUUUUGUAUGAAUUCUUUAAAAAUGGAAAAUGAAAUCAGCAGCCCUGAUGAAGAUAAUAACAAUGAAGUAUGUACAAGUGAAUUGCAGAAGGAAAGUGAAAAAGUUACAUCGACAUCAACGGAGAAAAGGAAAUCAUCCAAACCACUUAUGGAAAAAAGAAGAAGAGCGAGGAUCAAUGCCAGCCUGUCAGAGCUGAAAACCUUUCUUUUAGAUGCUAUAAAGAAAGAAGGUAUGAGACAUAAUAAAAUGGAAAAAGCAGAUAUUUUGGAACUGACAGUAAAACAAUUACGCCAGCUCCAAAGACAACAAUUUUCUAGUAACCCAAAUAGUGAUACAUUUCGAAUAGGAUUUAUUGAAUGUGCAACAGAAGUUUCUACAUUCUUAAAAAGUUUGCCAAAUGUAGAACCAGAUUUACAGGCAAAACUACUCGAGCAUCUUUCAAAAUGUACAUCAGAUAAAAGUAUAAAACCGACUCGAGAAUCACAAAUUUCCCCUUCAAUUUCUGGUAAACAUACAGACCAAGAUACAUCCAGCUCAAACGAUUCUACUUAUUGUUAUAACCAGAAUGAACGUUAUUCUAACCAAUCUUCAAAUAAUAGUGAUAAAUCAGGAAGAAUUCAGUUGACUUCCGCUUUAAAAAGGGAUUACUGUAUACCUCCAGACUUAUUGAGGACAGUGGAACAACCAAAUGUUAUAGUACAAAGUCCAUCAACGUCUAAUGGUUUAAUACAAAAUACUGGAUCGAUAAAUUUCCGGGAGCUUAACACUAUGCAAAAUGUACCUAUAAAUUCAGAAAUAACAGUUGGAAAUAUAUUCAGUGGAUUAAAGGUUUUACCCGUUAAACUUCAAAGUGGUGAAACAACGUUCAUUAUUCCGACUAAUAUUGUGCCAGGUUCAUCCAUUCAGAACUGUGUCUUUCCAGUAAUGACGUCGAUUGAUUGGACUAAAAUUUCGACGCAACCGCAGUCCUUGUUUUAUAUGAAUACAUCUUUAGGUAAUUCGAUGACACUGACUAGUGGUAUUGAUAAUAAUGUUCAGAAUAUAAAUAACAGGAGAGAUAAUCCAGUAGGAAUAAGUCCAUCUUCCGAAUCAAAUAUACUUAACCUCAGCAAUAAUGAACGAAGAGAUAAUUCGCAAAACAAUAGGACUAGUAAUAGAAAUUCUGGACACCCAUAUGAAAAUAGACGUGAGGAAGAACCUCAAAGACCAGUAUGGAGACCUUUUUAAAGCCUCUGAUUAACAAAUAGCUUUAAUUUAUUCUGUGUACUGUAAGGAUUUAGCGUGUUAUGCAAUGCCAAUAAAAGUUUGUUUUGAAAAAUAAACAAACAAUGUGUUCAACUCUAGUAGCUAGGGAGUGUUUAUCUUUGGAAGCUGUGUCUAAAAUUCAGUUGGAUGAUACAAGAAAAAUGAUAUCUGAAUAGUGUCGAAUAAAAUCAUCAUAGAUACAAGGACUGAUUUAGAAUAUACGCCAGACGCGCGUGUCGUCUACAAAAGACUCUUCAGUGACGCUCGAAUCCAUAGAAAUUAAAAAGGCCAUAAAAGUACGAAGUUGAAGAGCUUAUCUAAUAUUAUAUAUUUUAAGAAGUCGUAACAACCAUACAUUUUCUUACUGAUCGACCUUUUGAUGAUGAUUUAUUUGAAAUUUGUCGCCCAAAUAAAGUAACAAAAAAAUAAAACCUUAUAAUAGUUUUCCGUAAAACAAAAUGCUUUUUUCAAAAUAAUGUUAAGUACAAAAUAAGACUUGACCUUAUCAUUACUUAAUACAACAGUUUGUACAAUGUGAAGGGAAAAACUUUCUCAAUAUCAUGCACGGUACUGACAGACAUCCGCAUUUAGCAUAGUAAAAAGCACUAUAAUUUCUUACUUAAGAAAUGAAUGUUAUAUGUUUUCUGUCUAUUAGAAAUAACACCAAACUCUUGUUUCACACUGAAUGACCCGUGUAGCGGUUCAUCUAAAAGUAAAAUCACAAAAAAAAAAAGAACUCCGAGAAAGAUUUAAAAUGGAAAGUCCUUAAUGUAAUGGCAAAAUCAAAAGCUCAAACACAUCAAACGAAUGGAUAACAACUGUCAUAUUACUGACUUAGUACAGGCAUUUGCUUAUGUCAAAAAUGGUGGAUUAAACCGGGUUUCAUACUUAACUUACCCUCUCACGUGUAUGACAAUUGCAUAAAUUUAUAUCUUUUUGACAUACAUUUUAUACCAAUUUUUAAUGUUCCUUCGAAUAAACUGAACAAAUAUUGGUUUUUCCUUAUAAUUCAAUUCGAAAUUUAAU